GAGGCCUGCCCAAAAUGGGAGCCUAAAGCUCAUGCUUUACCUGCCUAAAGGCAAAGCCGGCCUUGGCUUCAAUACCUAAACGUAACUACUCUAGCAUUGCACUGUAUCCUAAUUAACCAUGCAUCGUGUUUGUCGCCUGUUAUAGUAUAUGGAGAGAGAAACCUUGACGUCAUUUUGCAUUCAACUUCUGUCAUUGCUCUUGUAAUCAAGAGUUGUUUAGACCUACCAAAUUUCAAUUAUUUCAACAUAUACAUUGACUUUUUUAUUUAUUUAUUGCCAACCUUGACGGAGUGUGUCACAAAUAUAUAACUGGACAGGUAGAGAAUCUUAGAACUUGCAUGCACACUUAACCUUGUGCAUGCUAGCUACCGUAAUUGUCUAAAUAUUGAUCGACAAGACACUAUUUAUUACGUAUCUCGAAAUUGGUGAUCAAUAGUUGUCUCCGAAAAGAAAAGGAUGGGAAAAGGGCGUGCCCCGUGUUGCGACAAGGCCGUGGUGAAGAGCGGUCCGUGGACUGCAGUUGAGGAUAUGAAGCUUGUUUCAUAUGUUCGGAGGCAUGGACAUGGGAAUUGGCGCGCUCUUCCAAAACAAGCAGGUUUGUUGAGAUGUGGGAAGAGCUGUCGUUUAAGAUGGAUAAACUACCUAAGCCCAGAUGUUAAGAGAGGAAACUUCACCCCCGAGGAAGAAGAAGCCAUCAUCAAGCUGCAUGAUUUGCUUGGCAACAACAGAUGGUCCAAAAUAGCCUCUCAUUUGCCGGGGAGAACUGACAACGAGAUAAAGAACGUCUGGCACACACAUUUGAAGAAACGCUCGAGAGUGAAAGAACCUAACGAUUGCAACAGCUACAGUGAACCCUCCAACAAUUCUCCUCAAUUCACUCCAUCAGUGGCAAACAGAAAUCAAGUUACUGGACAUGUUUCCCUCCCUAAUAGCCUCUCUGGUUCAUUUCCAUCUUCUGAAAAUGAGCAAGGAGCUAGUUCCAUAGAUCACGAAACGGCCAUUACUCCAUAUGGUUCACCUUUUACCGAUUCUAAAAGCACGAAGUGGUCUGAACCAGAAAAACAAUCAGCUUCAUUGUCGGGCUCAGAGGGAGAACGCAUCGAUGCCAAUUCGAGCACUCAAACUUUGUCUCGUGAAGUGGUUGAAAUCCCAUUUGAGCCUAACUUGGACUUUUGGGACAUGUUAGAUGAUGACUCCAUUACUAGUAGUGAUGUUCCAGUUAGUCACGUGGUUGAAAGUCUAGAUCAGCAAGUCACAUUCUCUCAAGAAGACAACAAAAGGGAGGUUGGAAGUUGGUGGUGGUUGGCAUACUUAGAAAGUGAGCUUGGACUUGAGGCCACAAUAUUGGAUGGAAACCAAGAUGAAUGAACCCAUUCUGGAUACAACCUAUACUCCACUAGGCUGAAUAUAGUGCAAUCACACACAUUUCACUCCUGAAUCGAUUUUUCAAAUCUGCAAUAUUCAAAGAAACAGUUCACAGUCAACAUUUUGGAAUAUAUCAAA